GUAUGGAGAGUCUCCUGAGGGCCAAAGGCCUGCAAGUGGAACAGUUAACUACUACCUGUCAAAACCUCCAGUGGCUGAAAGAAGAAAUGGAAACCAAAUUUAGCCAUUGGCAGAAGGAACAAGAGAGUAUCAUUCAGCAGUUACAGACAUCUCUGCAUGACAGGAACAAAGAAGUGGAGGAUCUUAGUGCAACAUUGCUCUGCAAACUCGAACCAGGGCAGAGGGAGAUAGCAGAGGAGCUAUGCCAGCGUCUACAGCAAAAGGAAAGGAUGCUGCAGGACCUUCUAAGUGACCGAAACAAACAAGCUGUGGAACAUGAAAUGGAGAUUAAAGGCCUGCUUCAGUCUGUGCGCACCAGGGAGCAGGAAAGCCAAGCUGCUGCAGAGAAGAUGGUACAAGCCCUAAUGGAAAGAAAUUCAGAAUUACAGGCCCUACGCCAAUAUUUAGGAGGGAAAGACUUCAUGAUAUCCCAAGUACUCAUCUCUAACCAACAAACCGAAGUUACCUCCAUUGGCCCCGCUCUGGGAGAGCAGACUGAUCAGAGUUCAAUGCAAAUACCCUCCAGAGAUAAUAGCACUUCACUGACUGCCAAAGAGGAUGCCAGCAUACCCAGGUCCACAUUAGGGGACUUGGACACAGUUGCAGGGCUGGAAAAAGAACUGAGCAAUGCCAAAGAGGAACUUGAACUCAUGACUAAAAAAGAAAGAGAAAGUCAGAUGGAACUUUCUGCUCUACAGUCCAUGGUGGCUGUGCAAGAAGAAGAGCUGCAGGUGCAGGCUGCUGAUAUGGAGUCCCUGACCAGGAACAUACAGAUUAAAGAAGACCUCAUAAAGGAUCUGCAAAUGCAACUGGUUGAUCCUGAAGACAUACCAGCCAUGGAACGCCUGACCCAAGAAGUCUUACUUCUUCGGGAAAAAGUUGCUUCAGUAGAAUCCCAGGGUCAAGAAAUUUCAGGAAACCGAAGACAACAGUUGCUGCUGAUGUUAGAAGGACUGGUAGAUGAACGGAGUCGGCUCAAUGAGGCCUUACAAGCAGAGAGACAGCUCUAUAGCAGUCUGGUCAAGUUCCAUGCCCAUCCAGAGAGCUCUGAGAGAGACCGAACUCUACAGGUGGAACUAGAAGGGGCCCAGGUGUUACGCAGUCGGCUAGAAGAAGUUCUUGGAAGAAGCCUGGAGCGCUUAAGCAGGCUGGAGACCCUGGCCGCCAUUGGAGGUGCAGCUGCAGGUGAUGACACUGAAGAUGCAAGCACUGAGUUCACUGACAGUAUCGAGGAGGAGGCUGCACACAACAGCCACCAGCAACUCAUCAAGGUGGCUCUGGAGAAAAGCCUGGCAACUGCAGAGACCCAGAACAUGUCUCUUGCCCCUCCUUCCUCGAUGGGAGGGGACGGUAACAGGUGUCUUCAGGAGGAAAUGCUCCACCUGAGGGCCGAGAUCCACCAGCACUUAGAGGAGAAGAGAAAAGCUGAGGCGGAACUGAAGGAGCUAAAGGCUCAAAUCGAGGAAGCAGGAUUCUCCUCUGUGUCCCACAUCAGGAAUACCAUGCUGAGCCUUUGCCUUGAGAAUGCAGAGCUGAAAGAACAGAUGGGAGAAGCAAUGUCUGAUGGAGGGGAGAUUGAGGAAGACAAGGAGAAGGGCGAGGUGAUGGUGGAGACUGUGGUAGCCAAGGGGGGUCUGAAUGAGAAUAGCCUUCAGGCUGAGUUCAGAAAGCUCCAGGGAAAACUGAAGAAUGCCCACAACAUCAUCAACCUCCUCAAAGAACAGCUGGUGCUGAGCAGCAAGGAAGGGAAUGGUAAACCUGCUCCAGAGCUCCUUGUGCAUCUGGCCAGGGAGAUUGACAGAAUGAACACAGAACUGGUUUGUCCUCCUGGGAAGCACCAACAGCAAGAAGAGGAGGAUGUUACCACAAGGCCUUGCCCCAGACCCCAGAGCCUUGACCUGGGGCCCCCCCUUGCAGUGGAUGCCCUCCAACUGGAUAACCAGUCCCAGGCCUGUAACCCUGAACCUCAGUUAGAAUUUAGCCUUCCGGGGUCUACCAAGCAUCUGCGCUCCCAGCUGGCACAAUGCAGACAACGCUAUCAAGAUCUCCAGGAGAAGCUGCUGCUGUCAGAAGCCACCGUCUUUGCCCAGGCUAGCCAGCUGGAGAAAUACAGAGCCAUAUUUACAGGUGAAUCCUUGGUGAAGCAGGACAGCAAGCAGGUCCAGGUGGACCUCCAGGACCUGGGCUAUGAGACUUGUGGCCGAAGUGAGAAUGAGGCUGAGCGGGAGGAGACUACCAGUCCUGAGUGUGAGGAGCACAACAGCCUCAAGGAAAUGGUCCUGAUGGAGGGGCUGUGCUCUGAGCAGGGGCGCCAGGGCUCGGCACUGGCCAGCUCCCCUGGGAAGAAGCCCCUGGAGAGCCAGCGAGGGAAGCAGGAAGAGUUCCAGGCGUAUGGAAAGUCAGAAGACAUCUCUGUCCUACAAAAGGACAUCAAAGAUCUGAAGUCCCAGCUGCAGAAUGCCAACAAGGUCAUUCAGAACCUCAAGAGCCGUAUCCGGUCCCUCUCUGUGACAAGCGAUUAUUCAUCCAGUCUGGAAAGACCCCGGAAGCUGAGGGCUGUUGGCACCCUCGAGGGGUCUUCACCUCGUAGUGUCACUGACGAAGAUGAGGAGUGGCUGUCUGAUGGCACUGGGGCUUUCUACCCCCCAGGGCUUCAGGCCAAAAAGGAUCUGGAGAGUCUCAUCCAGAGAGUAUCCCAGCUGGAGGCCCAGCUCCCAAAAACCGGACUAGAAGGGAAGCUGGCCGAGGAGCUGAGAUCAGCCUCGUGGCCUGGGAAAUAUGAUUCCCUGAUUCAGGAUCAGGCCCGAGAACUAUCCUACCUACGGCAAAAAAUACGAGAAGGAAGAGGUAUUUGUUAUCUUCUCACCCAGCAUGCAAAAGAUACAGUAAAAUCUUUUGAGGAUCUCCUGAGGAGCAAUGACAUUGAUUACUACCUGGGGCAGAGCUUCCGGGAGCAACUCGCCCAGGGAAGCCAACUGACAGAGAGGCUCACCAGCAAACUCAGCACCAAGGAUCAUAAAAGUGAGAAAGAUCAAGCUGGACUUGAGCCACUGGCCCUCAGGCUCAGCAGGGAGCUGCAGGAGAAGGAGAAAGUGAUUGAAGUCCUGCAGGCCAAGCUGGAUGCCCAGUCCCUCACGCCCCCCAGCAGCCGUGCCUUGUCUGACUCCCACCGCUCUCCCAGCAGCACCUCCUUCCUGUCCGAUGAGCUGGAAGCCUGCUCUGACAUGGACAUAGCCAGCGAGUACACACAGUAUGAAGAGAAGAAAGCUUCAUCCGGCCUCUCAGAUUCCAUCCAUCAUUCAAGUCAUUCUGCUGUAUUGUCUUCUAAACCAUCAGCCACCAGUGCACCUCAGGGGGUUAAGGCCGAAUCCAGCAGCAACCCCAUCAGCUUGCCAACCCCCCAGAAUCCCCCCAAGGAGGCCAGCCAGGCCCAUCCAGGCUUUCAUUUUCACUCCAUACCCAAGCUGGCUAGCUUUCCCCAGGCACCAUUGCCCUCAGCUCCAUCCAGCUUCCUGCCUUUCAGCCCCCCUGGCCCUCCCCUCCUUGGCUGCGGUGAGACACCGGUGGUCUCCUUGGCCGAGGCUCAACAGGAGCUGCAGAUGCUGCAGAAGCAGUUGGGAGAAAGUGUCAGCACUGUCCCUCCUGCUCCCCCAGCUACAUUGCCAAACAACCAUUUGGAAACCAGCUCUUCCCACUACCUCAACCCUGCCCAGCCCCACUCUCCUCUGAGCGGGGGCUUAGAACUGGGCAGAAUCCUGGAGCCUGGGUACCUGGGCAGCAGUGGCCAGUGGGGCGUGAUGAGGCCUCAGAAGGGGAGUGUGUCUGGGGACCUAUCCUCAGGCUCGUCUGUGUGCCAGCUUAACUCCAAACCCACAGGCGCCGACCUGCUGGAAGAGCAUCUUGGUGAAAUUCGGAACCUGCGCCAGCGCCUGGAGGAGUCUAUCUGCAUCAAUGACCGCCUGCGGGAGCAGCUGGAACACCGGCUCAGCUCUACGGCCCGUGGAAGUGGAUCCACCUCUAACUUCUACGGUCAGGGCCUAGAGUCCAUACCUCAGCUCUGCAAUGAGAACAGAGUCCUCAGGGAAGAAAACCGAAGCCUUCAGGCUCAGCUGAGUCACAUUUCCAGAGAGCGCUCCCAGGAAACAGAAAGCCUGAAGGAGGCUCUGCUCUCCUCUCGAUCCCGGCUUCAAGAGCUGGAAAAGGAGCUGGAGCACCAGAAGGUGGAAAGGCAGCAGAUUUUGGAAGACUUGCGAGAGAAACAGCAAGAGAUCUUGCAUUUCAGGGAGGAACGGCUAUCCCUCCAGGAAAAUGACUCCAGGCUGCAGCACAAGCUGGCCCUCCUGCAGCAGCAGUGUGAAGAGAAACAGCAGCUCUUCCAGUCCCUCCAGUCAGAGCUGCAGAUCUAUGAGACACUUUAUGGCAAUUCCAAGAAGGGGCUGAAAGCUUAUAGUCUGGAUGCCUGUCACCAAGUCCCUUUGAGCAGUGACUUGAGCCAUCUGGUGGCAGAGAUACGAGCUCUGAGAGGGCAGCUGGAGCAGAGCAUUCAGGUGAACAAUUGUCUAAGACUGCAGCUGCAGCAACAGUUGGAGGGUGGUGCUGGCAAAGUCAGCCACGGCCCCUCCUCAAUUAACCAGAACUUCCCAGCCACCGCUGACCCUGGAAACAAGCAGCCGAUCCUCCAAGACUCAGCUGCUUCCCCGCCAGUCCGGGAUGUCGGCAUGAAUUCUCCAGUCCUGGUCUUCCCCGGCUCCUCUUUAUCUGCUCCUGGCUCAGACACUGCCACAUUCAACAGGACAGAUGGCCUGGGUUUGGAUACUUCUCCAGUAAUGAAGAACCCUCCCAAGCUGGAGGGUGAUGCUACCGAUGGCUCCUUUGCCAAUAAGCAUGGCCGACAUGUCAUUGGCCACGUUGAUGACUACAGUGCCCUAAGACAGCAGAUCGGAGAGGGCAAACUGCUGGUCAAAAAGAUAGCAUCUCUUGUGAGAGCAGCAUGUGACUUCCCUGGCCUUGAAGCUCCGGGCACAGAGGUUCUGGGCAGCAAAAGCAUCCACGAGCUUCGGAGCAGUGCCAGUGCCCUGCACCAUGCCCUGGAGGAAUCGGCGUCCCUCCUCACCAUGUUCUGGAGAGCGGCCCUGCCUAGCACCCACAGCCCUGUGCUGCCUGGGAAAGUGAGAGAAUCAACGGAAAGGGAACUUCUGGAACUGAGAACCAAAAUAUCUAAACAAGAAAGGCUCCUUCAGAGCACAGCUGAGCGUCUGAAGACCACCAACCAGCAGAAGGAGAGCAUGGAGCAGUUCAUCGUCAGCCAGUUGACCAGGACACAUGAUGUUUUGAAGAAGGCAAGGACUAAUUUGGAGGUGAAAUCCCUAAGGGCUCUGCCGUGCACUCCAGCCUUGUGACCCUUGCCUUCCAGGAACCAUGCAAGAAGCGCAGCCACCAGAGAUCCUUAAAACAGCAGGAAGGAUGGGCCUGUCCCCCUUUUGUGCAGCUACCUAUCUGCUGAGGAAAAUAUGGGCCCCGCUCCUCCAAACCUGCUGGAGGGUCCAGAAGAGGGAGUCAGAGAUUGGUCCUGGUGAGACUGAUGGAAAGGCAGAAAGCCUUGCUGACAGUUACGGAAUGCCAUUAGCCAAGGUCCACUUGGCCCGGCACUAAGCAAAGUGUGUAGUUUGCAUAGAGAUUUUUGUGAUACUGCUUCUAAACAGCCCCAGUGGCUCAGGAACUAGCAACAGUACAUUUCUCGCCUCAUCAGCUGUCCUGAGAUGGAAAACUCAGUGGAAAUAGAACCUUGAAUCUUUUGAAUGGGUCAAGUGGUCCUAACACUGGAGCUCCUCAGGCAGUCCUAAAAGCACACAACUGAGCAGUGGUGCCCUGCUGGACAGUGCCGGCAGGGGCUCAGUGAACACUACUCAUAGAGCCACACCUGACUCUGGGCCAGUUCUGUUGGGUCACACUGGGCUUUAGUUUACCCCAUAGCAUCUGAGUUCUUUGAGUUCACAUCAUGAAUGUGGUGACUUCCCAGAUGCCAUCUUAGGCUUAGACUAGCGCCUGCUAUUUCUUUUCCUAUAUGAUCUCCAAAUUGGACUGACCUCACUCUAAAUAUGCUAUCCCAU